UGACAGAAACCGGCGGGGAGAUGCCGGAGAUCGCGAUCCGACAUGUGGUGUCUGCCAGCAGCUCCGAUACGACUCACUGCGCCGAGAAUCUGCUCAAGGCCGACACUUACCGCAAAUGGAAAGCUGCCCAGCCUGGAGAGAAGCAAGUCUCGGCCAUAUUACAGUUUGAGAAGGAGGAGCAGAUCCACAGCAUCGACAUCGGCAACGAGGGCUCUGCGUUCGUGGAAGUGCUGGUCGGCAGCUCGGCCUCCUCCAGCGAGCAGAACUAUGAGGUCCUGCUGGUCACGUCUUCCUUCCUGUCCCCCUCGGAGAGCAAGAGCGGCACCAACCUGAACAGAGUUCGAAUGUUUGGACCCGACAAACUGGUGAAGGCCACGGCCGAGAAGAAGUGGGACCGGGUGAAAAUCGUCUGCACUCAGCCCUACAACAAGUCCUUGGCCUACGGCCUCUCCUUCGUGAGGUUCCACUCUCCUCCCGAAAACAAUGAGAUCCAUUCCAAAACAUCGUCCCCGGUGAGUAUCCCAAUAACUCCGGACGAGGCCAGCACCUCCGCCUCUCUGAAGCCCGGCGCUCUCUUCUUCAGCCGGGCCAGCAAACCGCUGGCCUCCCCACCAAAAGCAUCCCAGAACAACCAGCCCUCGCCCAGCUACGCCGCAGCCUCCCUGCAAACCGGCAUGUCCAGUAGCCCCGACCUGGCACCGUCAGCGGCGGAGAAGCCCACCCCCAAAGCCCCUCCCAAGGAGCCCACCCCAGUCAAGAGGAAGUUCGAGUUCAGCAAGGAAAACACCAGUCUCCCCUCCGCGCCCAAGAAGGCUGACCCUGAUACUCCUCGGCCUCCACACCCGCCCCCCAAGAAACACAAAGCGUCUCCUGCCGCCCCACCAAAGACGCCCCCCUCCAAGAAGUCCCCCCAAGCGCAGCCUCCGGAGGGCUCGUCCGAAGGGCCCUUCCAGCAUCUCCUCCAGGGCACUGUGUUCGUGCUGAGCGGCUUCCAGAACCCCUUCCGCUCGGAGCUGCGGGACAAAGCCCUGGAAAUGGGGGCCAAGUACCGGCCGGACUGGAGCCCCGACAGCACCCACCUCAUAACCAACGUCCCCAGCUCCAACCACAAACCCAAGACGCCGAGCAGCCCUCCAGCAGCCCGGCCCGUGCAGAAGAAGGCAGCGUCUGGGGAGGAGGAAGAGGAGGAGGAGCCCAGUACUUCGCGGAACAGCAGCAUCCACAACAACUCGCGGGCGCCGGGGGAUGACUCUGCGGCUUCCAGCGACGAUGGGGAGCCCUCGGGCGUUCGAGACAAUGGGGAGGAAGGCUCCGGUGACACAGACGACGAGCUGAGAAGAGUCGAAGAGGAGCACCGCAAAAAGCAGCAGGGCGGGCGGGGGGCUGCCCCGGAGCCAGAGGACGACCCAUACGGAGGCACCACGGAUGAGAACACAGACGUGGAGGAGAAGGGGGAGCCGGACCAGCCCAUCCCCGAGCUGCCAGACUUGUUCGUGGGCAAGCACUUCUUCCUCUACGGCGAAUUCCCUUCUCAGGAGCGGCGCCUCUUGAACCGCUACAUCGCGGCUUUUAAUGGGGAGGUGGAAGACUACAUGAACGAGAGAGUGAACUAUGUGAUCACGGCUCAGGAAUGGGACGACACCUUUGAGGAGGCGCUGAACGAGAACGCCAACCUCUCCUUCGUGCGCCCCCGCUGGAUCUACAACUGCAAUGAGCGGCAGAAACUGAUCCCCCACCAGCCAUACGUCGUGGUCCCGCGAGUGUAAGAGGAGAUCCCCGCAGGCUCAUCUCUGUAUAUAUCAUUCUACACACCCACCUACAGAAGACGGGGGAUCAUCUUGGCCUUCGGGGGUCACUUCCGGGCGGUUGUUCCUCUGGGAUUUUUUUUUUCCUGGAGGGCCCGAUCCAACGAGCGCCCCCACCCCGCCCCGGUAGCCACCCACGAGGCUCAUACCAACUGAGCAGUUUUUUUUUUAAAUGUUCUCUUUCAGUUGCAGUUCUCCCAGGUCGCAUUUGAAGAUGGGACGACUCACUUUCACUUACUCUUUCAGAGACGGCGGCUGCUCUUGAGAGCGUGCCCCCCCCAAUCCCCCACACACACACACACGGCAGACUAAGACUGACACCACCGUGUGUCGUCCGAACCUGGUUAGAAGGCUUAAAAUGUGGAAUAGGCUGGGCUAGAGCGAACCGUUCAGAACCUAACCGGCAGAGAGGGAAGCACUUCACUGCCUGCGACUCUCGUUUUCGUUCUUGUGUCCGUGCCACCCUUUUAAUUCCCCCCUCCCCCCGUUCCAUGAUGGGCUCGGGAUCUUUUCUCCCAGCUGUUCACUCUCUGAUCCUUUUUGCAGAAGGGUGUAGGUCUCUCGGUUAUGAGGAUCGAGCGCUGCCCCUUAGCGGAGAGGAAGUUGUCUUCCUAUUUUCUGUGGGUUUCUCGGGCCUCUCUAGGGAAGAAAUGCGUUCCUGCACCAUCUGAUCCGUUUGGGUUUUAUGGCAAGCACCCAGAAACCUCCACAUAUUAUAUUUUGGGGGGCAGUCAUAGGGUUUGUUCCGUUGCAUCGGAUCCCCAUUUCCGCAAGCUCAGAGACUUCCGCCUGCAGAACGCGACUUCUUGGGGCUCCCCCGCGGCAGCCCCAGACA